AUUUCGUUUUUUCUCCUUAUUAGGUUUCUCUCAUUGAUUUUCAUUUCGUCCUCCCCCCUCCGCUGCCAGCCACCUCCCCCGAAGCCGAAGGAAGCGCCCCCCCUCGAUCCCCUCCCCAGCCCCGCUGGCGGCGAGCUCCCACGGCGCGACGGCUGACCAGUCUCGAUUUCACCGCUCCGGCCGCUGAUUGAUCGGUCGACCGUGGUGGCGAUGGGAGGAGGGUCAUGGCGGCGCCGUUAGGGGCUUCUUGGUUGACUCCCUGUUGCGAUGGCGUCCAAGGCCGUUGCUGAGAUAGUCGAUGACAAGCAAUGCAGUAAAAGCGCCACCGAGUCCUCUGAGGCCGCGCCUUCUCGGAGGCAGUCUGAGGAGCAAAUCGGGGGAGCAAGCAAAUCGGGGCCUGCCUCACCGAGAGCAGUCCCGCCUGGUGAUGUGGCUACGUCCAGCGGAGUGAAAGAACAAGAUAAAGACUGCAGUUCUGUUGAUGGCUCUGUGAAACUGGACGAAGAUGAAGACCCCGAGAAGAGCUCCCUGCGUGGGAGCGUCAAGGAUAGCUCGGUUUCUGCCAAGUUCAGCGACGGAGCAAGCAGCCUGACAAAGGCGAGCGGCAGCACCAAGGUCAGCGGCCACGCCGAUUUGGUCCAGAGCGGGAAGAGCAGCGUUUACCGGGCCAGCGCUGGCAGUGAUGUCAGUGAUGAUAGCACCUGUAGCAGUAUAUGCAGCAGCGCUAGCAAGCCUCACAAGUCCAAUGAUUCAAGGUGGGAGGCGAUUCAGGUGAUCCGGACCAAAGAAGGUUCGCUAGGAUUGAGUCACUUCAGGCUGCUUAAGAGGCUUGGCUGUGGUGACAUUGGCAGUGUUUACUUAUCAGAGCUUAGUGGCACGAAAUGCUACUUUGCUAUGAAGAUCAUGGACAAGGCAUCUCUAGCUGGCCGCAAAAAGCUUCUCAGGGCCCAGACUGAAAGGGAGAUAUUGCAGUGCUUAGACCAUCCUUUUCUUCCGACUUUGUACACCCACUUUGAGACUGAUAAAUUCUCAUGCUUGGUGAUGGAGUUUUGCCCUGGAGGAGACCUGCAUACCCUAAGGCAGAAGCAGCCUGGGAAGUAUUUCCCCGAACAAGCUGCCAAAUUUUAUGUAGCAGAGGUGCUUCUUGCUCUAGAAUACCUGCACAUGCUCGGUAUCAUAUAUCGGGACCUCAAGCCAGAGAAUGUUCUUGUGAGAGAAGAUGGCCACAUCAUGCUGUCAGAUUUUGAUUUGUCCCUUCGUUGUGAUGUGAGCCCUACACUUCUCAAAUCUUCCAACCCUGGUGUAGAUCCUAACCAAAAGGGUAAUCAAGCUUAUUGUGUACAACCCGUGUGCAUUGAGCCAGCCUGUAUCCAGCCUGCUUGCGUUACGACAACCACAUGUUUCUCUCCUCGCUUUUUCUCCUCCAAGUCCAAGAGGGAGAAGAAGGAAAAGAAGGCAAAGGCAGACAUGGCAACCCAGGUCAGACCGCUCCCUGAGCUUGUUGCAGAGCCCACAGAUGCAAGGUCUAUGUCAUUCGUAGGCACCCAUGAAUACUUGGCACCUGAGAUCAUAAAGGGUGAGGGGCAUGGGAGUGCUGUGGACUGGUGGACUUUUGGCAUAUUCUUGUAUGAACUUCUUUUCGGCAAGACUCCAUUCAAAGGUUCGGGGAACAGGGCAACACUAUUCAAUGUUGUUGGCCAGCCCCUCAGGUUCCCAGAAUCACCCGUUGUGGGUUUUGCUGCAAGGGAUCUCAUAAGGGGGUUGCUGAUCAAGGAGCCGCAGCAUCGAUUGGCGUACAAACGUGGAGCCACAGAAAUAAAGCAGCACCCAUUCUUUGAAGGUGUUAACUGGGCAUUGAUAAGGUGCGCUACUCCUCCAGAUAUCCCCAAGCCAGUUGAAAUCCCUCGGCCAGGAGCCUCGACAAGUCAGAAGGCAACACCGUCAGCCGAGAAAGGUCCAGACAAUUAUCUUGAAUUUGAUUUCUUUUAGUGGAUUCUUCCAAGACCAUUUCAUGUGCAAGCUGUAAAGUUCUUUUUUUCCUAGACAUUUUCUGCAUUCUAAUAACUUGAUAUGUAGAUGGCAUAUGUUCCUAGUGUUGUUGGUAAGCUCCGUUUGCAGUUCAUUUCACCUCCAUUGAUCACAUUGGAUGGGAGCCUCUAUCAGGUGUAAGCUGUAAUCCCUCAUCAAUUAUUGAGAAGUAGGGUCUCUUCAAUAACAAAUAAAUGUUUUCGUUC